AUGGCCACCUCUUUUAGCCCUCAGCCUUCUUUUCACCUGUGCCCCGAUUUUAGCAUCGCACCGCCCCCGAAUGGUCAUCUGGAGCUGGGCACUGUACUGCGAGGCCUUGAUUAUGACAGUGUUUACUCCCCACUUAACAUUGGCGACACCAUCAAGCUACUGCCACUCGACAAACCCUCCGAGAAGUCCGGCUUUAGUCGCAGCCUGAGAGAGCUCCGAGGUAUUGAGGGCAGCAUUUGGGCAAACAUAUUUGGCAGCGAGGGAUUGGGCGCCGCGUUCUCUUUUUUGCGCAAUCGCGAAAAUGACGAAGUCCUAACAGUCGAGAAGUUGUUCGUCAGAUAUUUUAUCCCGACGUCCGAAUACAUGAAGAACGCUCUCGAAAUUGAUGGUGUAGCCUUUUACAUCAACGACACAAAACUCAAGAAGCCAGUUUAUAUGAUUACCGGCUUGAUGUGGACUGAAGGGGCAAGGCUCUCCAAGGUUCAGUCCAAGAAGAACAGAGUCAGCAGUCAGGUCGCGGCGACAGAACCGAAUUCGGAUAUUACGUCUGGCGUAACAGGGACGUAUGAGAGUGAAGAGGGACUUGCUACAAGUUUCAACGGUUCAACGCCAUUCAUCCUCGGCAUCCGAGUUCGGAAAAUCUGGUGGGAUAAGGAUAACAUGAGACGCGACACGGAAGGCAUUGUUGGAACAACACUCGGCGAUUCCAAUUCCAAGUACAAUGACAUCCUUGAUGGAAUAAGAUUCAUUGACGAUGAGCUUGACAGCUCGAUGGAACAAACAAUCAUGAAUAUGAACGAGGCCUCAGGAGGACACCCCGUUGCUUGA